AAACAAAUGUACAAAGACUUUGACUUGUAAGCACUGGAAAUUGGUAACUGGAGUAGGACAGCCAACUAAAAGCAAGAGUUUGUGAGGACUGAGGAAGUGACUGUUGUUCCUUACAGGCUAUAAAGUGCAAACCUGUUUCGCCCUUCAUCCAUAUAAUUAAAUCCACCCUUUCUGGAUCUUUUUCAUUAAAAAAAAAAAGAAAAAAAUUCACUAAAAAGAAAUGAUGAUUGGCAUUCAGUUGAUAAGCUUAGCUUUUUUUCUGGCUGCAUUUUGUUUCCUUCUUCAAGAAAUGUUUUUCAUGAAGAAGAGGAAAAGAUUGCCUCCAGGUCCAAAAGGCCUUCCAAUUUUAGGGCAUUUACAUAUGUUAGGAAAGAAUCCUCAUCAGGAUUUGUGCAAACUAGCCCGAAAACAUGGUCCGAUAAUGCAUCUGCAAUUCGGGUUUGUCCCAGCAAUCAUAGUUUCAUCUCCUGAAGCUGCGGAGAAGUUCCUGAAAACGUAUGAUCACGUUUUCGCUAGCAGGCCUCAUCAUGAAUCUUCAUGGUAUGUUGGGUAUGGGCAAAGGAACUUGACUUUUGGUCCAUACGGUUCGUAUUGGCGGAACAUGCGAAAACUCUGCAUCAUCCAGUUGCUUAGUAAGCAAAAGAUUAAUUCAUUCCUGCCCAUGAGAAAAAAAGAAGUUGGAGCCUUGGUUGAAUCACUCAAAAGGGCAGCUUCUGAUUCUUCUGCUGUUGAUCUUACUGCUGCUAUUUCGUCGUUAGGCGCGAACAUGAGUUGUUUGAUGAUAUUUGGAAAGAAGUACAUGGACAAGGAUAUUGGUGACAGGGGAUUUAAACAUGUUAUAAAAGAAGCCAUGCGUAUGGGCGCUAUUCCAAAUCUUGGUGAUUUCUUUCCUGGGCUUGGUGUACUUGAUCUUCAGGGGAUUACAAGGAAAAUGAAGGCACUUAGUAAGGUGUUUGAUCGUUUCUUUGAGAGAAUCAUUGAUGAGCAUCUGCAAUCCAAGGAGCAUAAGGAACCGAAGGAUUUCGUCGAUAUCAUGCUGGAAAUCAUGCAAUCUGGACAAUCUGAAUUUAAAUUCGACCAUCGUAAUAUCAAAGCUGUACUAUUGGAUAUGCUUGUUGCUACCACGGACUCAUCAGGGACAGCGGUUGAAUGGGCUCUUUCAGAACUCCUCAGGCAUCCAGAAUCUAUGAAAAAACUCCAGAAAGAAUUAGGUGAAAAAAUCGGGAUGGACAGAACGGUUGAGGAAACAGAGCUGGAAAGCUUGGAGUACUUAAACAUGGUUCUGAAAGAGACCAUGAGGCUUCACCCUGUAGGGCCUCUAAUGCUCCCUCAUGAAUCCAUGGAAGACUGCGAGGUCGAUGGUUUCCGAAUCCCCAAAAAAUCCAGGAUUCUUGUAAACAUAUGGGCAAUCGGGCGUGAUCCCAAUGUCUGGCCUGAUCCUGAGAGAUUCAUGCCUGAAAGAUUUGAAAAAGAUGAUGUGGAUUUUCGGGGACAAGAUUUCAGGCUUAUACCAUUUGGUUCUGGCAGAAGAAGCUGUCCGGGUUUGCAUUUGGGAUUCACAGUUUUUCGGUUUUUAUUGGCACAAUUGGUUCACUGCUUCGAUUGGAAACUUGCUUAUGAUAUUCAGCCAAACGAAUUGGAUAUGUCUGAGGUGUUUGGUUUAGUAACAUCAAGAGCUCAGCCAUUGAGGGUCAUUCCUAAAUACCGUUUGGAAGGUUGAUUUAUAUCAGCCUAAUGAACAAGGUUUAUCUUCUUUAAAAAUAAAUAAAUGAAAAUUAUAUAAAAAUGUGUAGUGAGCUUGAAAUAGUAGUAUAUAGAAGACUAGAAGUGUAUAGGAGCAAUGCAGAUGUUGCUAUUUAGAAGAAAGACACAAUUUAUGAGAUCUGAAUGUAAGUACUAAAUUUUAAAAUACAACGAUAGCUCUUGCCUUCGCUAUCAUAACAGGGUAUACAUGAGGAUGUUAAAAGCCAUCACAUUUUACUCUAAUAUAAGAAAACAAUAUUAUUUUAUAUUUGUGUGAUGUAUCUUUUUGAAACGACUGUGAAAAUUUCUAUAGGAAACGACUGUGAAAAUUGCCCUAAUGAAUAAUUUAAAUACAAUUAACACUAACAUUUUCAGUGUUGACAUAAACUCUAUCACAAGGCUUUAAGAUCUUUUAAAGCUCAAGAUACCAUGGACGGGGAUGAGUUUUUCUGCUUUUUUUUUUUUUCGGUUGCAGUAAAGAGAGACUCACGUCUUACAAUGAAAUUAAUACAUCACGAGGAUAUGUUACACCUGUAGUAUCAUGUUUGAGCAUGGUUUGAUCAACAAUGGUGAUUGCAAUCCUCCGGAGCCUUGUGCCACCAAAGAAGCUAUGUAAUCUGCCACGAAAUUUGCCUCCCGAAAUUUCCUUCAGAUGGAAAACUCAAAAACUUCAUACGGUUCGGUUGAUUUUGGUGACCAAGUUAGUACCAGAAAAAAGUGUCGAGUAUUUUAACAACUAACGACCUGUUUAAGACUAGAUUUUAGUAAUGAAAACAAUUUACAAGACCACUCAAGAGCUGUUGAACACAAAAUUAAGAAGAGGUACCCUUCAAGCCUAUGCAACGCGACUCAACAAUGAAAAUUCGCAAGUACAAACCACACAUGAAGAGCUGAUCAUAUCUGCUUUUUUAAAUGGCUUGCAUAUUGGAGCUAUUUACAUAAAAUUGGCUUGCCACCAUCCAACAACAGUUCAGAACGUGAUGAGAAUUGUGGAAAGAUUGACUAGAGAUAGAUAAUCAGUUUGAAAAAAAAAAUGAGAAGCUGCGAAGCACAAAAGACAACUAGAAAAGCAUAAAUCCACAGCAAUAGCAGUUACGGCAAAAAGUUAGUAGGAGUGAAUCUGAAAGAGAAGUAUAUGAUUAGGGCCCCAAACUAAGUACCCAAUAUGGUCUGUUACGUCGGAAGAAGUAAAAAGGGCAAUGUGGUCAAUAAGCAGUUCGAUGAGUCCAUGACCUGAUGAAUAUGGGAGCAAGUUCUAUAAAGCUACUUUGGAGGUAGUAGAGUAAGAUGUAACAAAUGCAGUUUAGGAAUUCUUUGAACAUGGAAGUUUACUUGAACAGUUGAAUACCACAAUGCUUGCGUUGAUCUCGAAAACUGAGAACGCACAAAAUGCAGGAGAGUAUAGACCGAUAGCAUGCUUCAGUGUGGUAUAUAUAAUGUAUCUCCAAAAUACUAAGUGAGAGAAUGAAGGAUGUGUUAGUGGUGCUGUAAAUGAAAAUCAAAGUGGUUCAUGAAAAACAUGUUAAUCUUGCACAAUGUACUAAUUGUUAGCAAAAGAACCCUUUGAGUUAUAAGAAAGAGAUCUUUUAGGUGAUAGAUUUAGGAAGUGAAAAUGAAAGAGAAGGAAAUUUUGGGAGAAGGGAGCUUUACCACUUUGUAGUAAAAGGAACAAAGUGGAAAGGAUUGUAUUAAGCUUUUAGCUUAAGAACUCAUACAACU